AGGCACCCUGCUUCCCCUUCUCUUGUGCAAGCCCUCGCAUCUGAUUUGUCGCCUCUUUCUCUUGCACCCUCCCCCCUCCCGCCGGGCAAACCCCUUCGCAUUUUGCGUGCACACCUGGGCACAUGUCGGCCCCGUCCCUGUCGUCGGCGGGCCGGGCCUCGCCCCAUCAUCCGGGCCGGGCGAUGUCAAUUGCCUCGGGAUCGGUCCACUCGUUGUCCGACGAUUCGGAGGCCCCGUCGGAGGAGGAUCGUGCCGUGUCCCGGCCAAGCCGCGGCCCCGGGGCCAUCGCCCUCAAUGAGGAGCAUCUGACGGAUGUCAUGCGCUUUUUCGGCCUGCUCAACCCCCGGCCGCAGUGCUGGGCCGAGACGUCGCAGUCGGCGGCCAAGGCCCACACCAAUGGCCUGGAUCCCCUCGGCGGAGGGGAGUAUGGCGAGGACCAUGGGUCGGAUGAGUCGGACUCCGACAGCGAAGUCGAAGCCCUGGACCGGGAGGAGUUCCUCCCCCUCGGGACAGUGAGCAUGGGGGCUUGUCUGGAGUGCGAUCGGCGGCGGCCCCUGCUGCAAGAUGCCCUGUGCCAGGGGUGUCACCUGCGUGAGCAGGGCCAUAGCCGGUCCUCCAGCACCCCCGGCCGGGCGAUUGACGAUGAGUUUGACACGGCCGACGAUGUGCUGAUCGAGUUGGAGGAUGAUGAGCUGGCGGCGGCGGUGGCGUCGGCGGCGGCCGAGGCAGCCUCGGCUCGGCCGUCUGCCCGCCGGCGCUUUGGCCUCGGGCUGAAGCUGCUGCCGGUUCGCGGGUACCGCCGUGCCGCCAUGGCCACCAUGUCCCUGGGGAAUGCCAUCAGCGCGGCCAGUGGUCUGACCGGAGGCCGCCACCGGCGGCAGCUGGCCAUCGAGCAGCCCGACAGUUCGCAGCCGGUGCCGACGCUGGCCGCCGAUGCGGAAGACAUCUCGGAAAUUGACAUCCUCGGUAUUGCCAGCGAAACCUGCCGACGGGCCCACCUGUCCGUGGCCACGGAUCCCGCCUACUCCUUUUACUCGCCGUCCUUCGAUCCCGAGCUCUUCUUGGCCCUGCUUUACCACGACCAGUCGGAUGUCGCCCUCUUUUCCACCCUCAAGUCCCUGGAAAACCGCAUGAUGCUGCGCACCAAUGACCUGGCCAACCAGGUUCGCUCGCACAUCGAUCACUUCAUGUCGGCCAAGCGCACGGUCGAUCGCAUCUCCAGCAAUUUGAAGCUCUCGGACCAGGACGAGCAUGCCGGCGGGGCGGAUGGCUCUGGGUCCCGGCGUGAUGCGCCCGGCGUGCGCGAGCUGGUCGAUGCGCUGAGUGGCCUCCGCAGUCACUCGGACACCAUCUUCAUGCCGCUCAUCAAUCAGCAGCUCCGCAUCAAGCAGCUGAACCAGGCUCUGUCCAUGAUUGACCAGCACCGGAUCUUCUUCGAGCUGCCGCAGCGCCUGCUGAAGCUGCUGGACGAGCUGGCCCUGCCGAAUUUGGCCACCCUCCGGACGCUGGAAGUUCGAAACCCCAUCCCCCUGCAAAAUCUGCUGGCCCUCUUCGCCGGGACGUCCACCUCGUCCUAUGCCCAGCCGAUGAACGACCAAAUCCAACGGAAGAUGAUCUUCUCCACGUUGGAGUCCUUUGCCUCGGGUGGCCAGGGCACCGGCGAUGUCGGGGUCCCCGGUCGUGCGGCCGCCGCGGUGGUCGUGGCAGCGGCGGCGGCCGGCGGUGGCGGCCUGAGUCUCCGGGCGGCCGGCAUCGGCGGGCAUCCGCAGCAAAGUGUGUCCACCGUGGCGUCGGCCAUCUUGCGCGAGGUCCAGCGGGCCAGCCAGUACCACAUCGGUCUGGACCGGCGGCUUUUGGCGCGGGUUUGGAAGAUCGGGGUGCUGUCCAGUGCCAUUCGCAUGAUUUAUGCCCGGUCGCUGCUGGAGUUGUCGCUUGGCCCGGCCGGGUCGGCCUGGCCCCAGUACCAGCGCCUGAUUGGCUAUGUCCAAGAGCUUGGUGCCAUGAUGCAGGAGCCCAAUGUCGGCAUCCCGUCGCGCAUGAUCGUCGAGCAUAAGGACCCGCACGACGACUCGGAUGGCGGGCUCAUUGGCCGACAUGCGUCCAUCAUCACGGCCUACCUGUUGAGUGAGUUCUCCUUCGACAAUAGCCGGCGCCUGGACCCGGCGUACUUGCUGCUGUCCGGCAUCCACCGGUCACUGCUUCGGUCCCUGCGCCAGUCGGUCGGCGGUUUGGACGCGGUGUUCGACGUGACGACGGCCUUCUUCGAAGCCCCGGGCGAGGGGGCCGGCCCGGGAGAAGCCGGCGGUCGACGCCGACGUGCGGGUGGUGCCACUGGCUCGAGCUCUCCUCGCGGCGGCGGCGGCGGCGGCGGCGGCGGCGGCGGCGGCAGCGGCGGCGGCAGCGGCAGCGGCGGCGGCAGCGCUGCUCCAUCGGCGCCGAGCAGCCAAACGGCCGCGGCGGCCGCGGCCGCGGCAACUGCCGGCACCGCGACCACGGCGACCACAUCUCCGGGCGCCUCGCCGGCAGCCACCCCGGCGCUCAUCCGCCAUCCGCCCCUGCGUCUGGAGGUGUUGACGGCCAUUUUGAAUGACCCGUCGCCCACGUGGUUGUCCCCCUCGCCCGGGGCCAUCCUGGGGCUGGAGUCCUCGCCGGCGAUUUGCCAGCCGGAGCUGCUGCUGCAUCUGCGCCGGUGUGGCGCGGCGUUGGACACCCUGCAGCGUCUGACGGCCGCCAUGGUGUCCCUCUGGCCGCACCUGGCCCGCGUGUCGGGGCUGUGGGUGUCCGGGCAGAUUGGCGUCGGCACGGGCCCCGGUGCGGCGGGCUCCGGCUCCGGGGCCGGUGGCGGGUCGGUCGGUGCGUCGGUCGGAGCAACGCCGAGCGCCGCGGCGGCCGAGGAGAAAAAGCGCACCGCGGCCGGGGUGCCGGACAGUGCCCGGCGGGCCAAUGCCGCUGGGGCCCUCCUCCGGUCGGUGGUCGACCGGUACUUCUUCCUCUUCGACCGAGUCAUUUUCCUGGCUUGCGGGUGGACCGUUGCGGACAGCCCGACCCGGCGGCCGACGACCGCCGGCUCGGCCCCCGGCGUGGCUGCCAGCGCGCCCGGCGGAAUGGCCAGCCCAGCUACCCUGGCGGCGGCGGCGGCGGCGGCCGCCGCCACGGCAGCCGCGUCGGUCGCCUCGGGGGAUGCUCCUCUGCCGGCCCCCUCGGCCGAGGCACUGGUGCAGUUGGCCUUCCUGCAGGCAGUUGUUCCCUGUCUCCAGACGGCGGUAUCCCUUCUGCAGGAGUCCCAGACGUGGGCCAGCACCGGGGUGGAUGUUCGCUUCGGGCCGGCAGCGGCGGCGGCAGCGGCGGCGGCGGCGGCAGCCAACACCACCACUUCCGGAUCGGGGCUUUCGUCAUCGGCGUCGCUGGCCUCCAGCGCCAUCGAGCUGGGGUCCACGUAUGUCGGCAGCUCGCAGUGGCUCCGCAAGGUUCUUCGCACCCAGGUGGCCGGGUUCUGCGGGGCGCUCACCCAGCGCGUCCUGGAUGCCUUCCUGGCCACGAGCAUGUCCUUCCUGGCGUAUGAGGACUUUUCCAGCGAGCAGAGCGCCUUCUCGGCGCCGGGCCGGGCCGGAGCUCUGACGGCCGCCCGGCCCGCCGGGGCACCGGACCCCGGGACCCCGGCCGACCGGGCUACCGCCAUCCUCGGGCGCUUCCUCAACCUCCUGACCGACGAGAGCACCUUCAUGGGGGGGCUCGGGCUCGGGGGGUCCGGGGCCGGGUCUUGCGGCACGCGGCUGGUGUCCCUCUUUGAGCGGUAUCUCUCGACCACCUUCCUGUCGCUCGGGCGCCUGACCUGCAAGGUGAUCUCCCUUGUGCCGGAUAGCGAGGCCCAGCGCGUUCUCUACCGGUCGGUGGCCGAUAGUUGCCUGCUGUCUGGUGUUAUGGCCCUGGAUUCCUUCAUGGCGUCGACACUCAUCCCGAUUGCCGGAGGCUCGCGGGCCCUGAGCACCGGGCUGGUGGUCCUGCCGGCGGACUUGUCGCUGGCCUCGUUGACCGACAUCUCGCGCCACUUCUCGCAGCUGGCUGCCAGCCAGGCGGCGCUCAUCCGGGGCGAGGAGGCGGGCAGUGUGCAUGCGCCCGGCGGCGAGGGGCUAGCCGCCGCCACCACCACGGCCAUCCCGGCCGGCCGGCCGACCUCGGCCCCGGUGGGCCAGACACCAUCCCUGUCGAGGCCCAGUGGCUGGCCGGGUGGCUCGGUGUUGGUGGCCCCGCCGGGGCCGGGCUCCUGCUCGGCUGUGGCCCUGCCCUCGCACGGGACGGCGUUGUUGUUCUUUGCGCCGGCCCCGGCCGGGGCCCGGUGGGUGAGUGACUACUUUUCCUGGGCCGACUUGCGAGAUCACCUCUUCUCGCAUGUGCGCCUGCGGGACAUUGAGCGGAGCUUCUCGCGGGCGGCGGCGGCGGCGUCCGCCUCGGACGCGGCUCUGGUGGCCUCCGGCACCAUGGUGGCCCACUCGGCGGCCGAGGCCGGUGAUGGGUUCGCCGAUGCGGCGGACCCCGGCCUGCUAGUUGGCUCGAGUGCGGCCCAAUCGUCCGCCGCUCGGGCCGAAGCGCGGUCCCUGUUGACCGGGCUGGCACCGGCCGAGCUGGCCGAAGCGGCGGCGGCCAAUGCCGCGGCGCUGCUGCACUUCCAGCGGCGCCUGCGGCGGCGGCGGCGGCCGGGCGAUGCCCCGACGGCCGGGGCCGCCGGCGCCGGCGCCGGGGCUCCGGUCAUUGGCCCGGCCCCGGAGGCGCCGAUCAUGGGCCCCUCUUCGGCCGGGGGCCUGGCCCCUGAGGGGGAUUACUGGGGCGAUGUGCGGGUGGUGAUGGCGGCGGCGGCGGCGCCGCCGCACUUUGGCCGGCCGCAGCAGGAGGCCCUCCUCCGGGAGGACCACCCCGGGCUGCAUCCGCUUCUCCGGGGCACCUCCGAGGUGUUGGCCUCGCGCGAGCAGCUGGCCCGCCUGGUCAAGGGCCCCUUCGGGGUGUAUUUGGCGCCGGUGCGCCACGGGGCGAGCCCCUUCUUUGCCACGGCCCUCGGCGGCCCGCCUGGGGGCGGGUCGCUCGGCCUCGAUGGCGGCGAGUCCCCCAUGCCGGGGGAUGCCACUCCCGUGGCCGCGGCCACCCCCCGGUUUGUGGCGUACGACCCGUCCGGCUUGGUGGACAUGCCCCUCGGCGGGUCGAGGCUGGAUGGCGGGGAGUCCCAUGGGUCGGGCCCCGGCGAAGGGCCCGACCACGCAACGCCCCUGGUGCCGGGCGAUCAGGCGGCGCCUGGGCCGGGGUCGCCCGGCGGCACGCGCUCCUCCGAGGGCGGGCCCGCGGCGGCCACCGCGGAGCCGCCACUGGCCGGGGCCUUCGCCCCGCGGCCCGGGCCGUCGGGCUCCUCGCAGCUGGCGUUGGAUGUCAGCCGGCGGGACUUCGACCCGGAGGGGGAUCUCUUUGUCACGCGCUUCGGCAGCCAGGUUCCCCUGAAGCCCGGGCUCCCGCGCCGGCUGCUGGUCCUGGCCAAUGCGCUGGCCGUGCGGGACCGGUUGAUCCCGGUGCUCGGGCAGCUGGUCCAGCGGUCAAGGGCGGCCGGGUCCGGCGAUUCGCAGGAGCGCCGCCGUGCCGGGGCCCCCCCGGCCGCGGCCGUGCUCAGCCUCCUGCAGCAGCUCUUCCACCGGGCCAACCACCUGGUGUGCUUGCUGCUGGCGCGGCACAUUUACGACUGCCAGGUGGUUUCGUCGGUGCAUCGGCUGCUGCUGGCGCCGCUGCCCAACGCCGCUGCAAGUGCCGGGGCCGGCCCCGGGGCCGCUUGGCUUGUGGCCGAGACGCCGAUGACCGCCACCCCCGGGGCCGCCGCCGCCGCCGCCGCCGCCGCCGCCGCCGCCGCCGGGCUGGACUCCUCCUGCGACAGCGCCAUUCGCGGGGAGGCCAUCGACUUGGUGUCGCACUUGGGCCUGGUGUGCGCCGCGGUGCAGGACAUCUUCCCCUCGGGCCGGAGCCCGGCCUUGACGGCCACCGCGGCGGCGGUGGUCGGCCAGUCGGUGGCCUUCGCCCUGAAUCUCCUGGCCAUGGAGUGCGAACGCCUCUUCGGGGAGGAGACCUCGGCCGGGGGCCCGGCACAUGCGGCCUUCCUGUCGGGAUUCUUCCAUUCCCUCUGCCAGCGGCAUCUCCUCCCCGGGGGCAUGGUCCCGGCACGCGCGGCGUCCGAGGCCUGCCGGCAGACUCUCCGCCGGGAGGCACGCUUCAUCCGUGGCGUGCUCUUCCCCAGCUCCUGGCCCGGGCCGGAUGUGUUGGGCCUGGUGGCCGGGGCCCUGCAGCGGGACUUGACCGGCGCGGCCAAUGCCCCGGCUGCCGGCUUGGUGGAGCUCUGCCCGGAUGCCGUGUCGGCCAUGGACCAUCUGGAUGUGGUGCUGGGCCUGCCGGUCCCGGACCUGACCCCGAGCUCCGGAUCGGGGCCCGGCGUCGGGGCGGUCUCGGUGGCGGCCGGCAGCGGUGCAGGCCCGGGAGCCGACAAGACGACCUUUGCCCUGCGUCGGGCCCGGUCGACGUCGGUGGCGGCUGGCACGGCUGCCGCGGCGGCAGCCGCCGUGGCGGCUUCUUCCUCUCCGGCCGCGCGCGAGCUCGAACCCGCCGUCCGGACCGCCGUGGCCCGAAUGGCCGUCAGUUGUCGGUCGCUCCAGUUUAAGUGCUUCUCUUAG